AUGAGCUACAGGCCUUUCGAUGGCCAUGGCCAGGGCCAACAAGGCUCCCAGCAGCCGCUGCCGGGGCCUGGCAUGAAUCCGCCAUCGUCCUAUGUGCCCAACGGUUAUCAGCAGUUCACGAGCCCGCAACAGCAGCAGCAGCAGCAAUACUAUACGAUGCCUCAACAACAACAACAAGGGCAGCAGCAGCAGCAGCAGCAGCAGGCGUAUCCUCAACAGCAGCAGAUGGCGCAGUACGGGGGCUUGCAGACGGCUUAUCAGGGAUAUGAGACGGGCGGAAAUGCGUUCGGAGGUCAUCAGAUGCAGCCAGCUGCUGCGCAGUAUACACCGCCGGCGAAUGUAUGGCAGCACCAGCAAGCACCGACAGGGCAGCAGAAUAUGAUGUAUCAACAGCAACAGCAGCAGUUCCAGCAAGCGCAACCGCAUCACCAGCAGCAGAUGUACCAACGGCACGUCGCGUCACCGCAACAGCACGUCCAGCAAAGGCGGCCCAGUCAAGUUUCUUCUCCGCUGCAAAGAGCUCCCUCCAUGCCUCAAAAUCAAGGAUAUCGACUUCCACAGGCGCAGCAGCCCACCCAGAACUAUCAAUUUUCUCAACAGCACACGACACAGCACCAGUAUCAACAGCAGCAGCAGCAGCACCGCGCACACGCCCAGCAACAGGUCCAAGCCCAGGCGCAAGUCUCCCAGCAAUCACCGCAACCUCGUCAGAAGCAAAUAUCCUCGCCGGCUCAACCACAGGUCCAACAACAAGCGCCGCAAACACAACAGCCACGCCAAGAAUUUCAGCAGCAGCAGCCACAAGAGACGGUGCAACACAUUGCGCAAACACCUGUCAAAAAGCUUAUUGCCGAAAGUGCUGCCAAGCCUCCUCCAGAACCUGUACAGCAACAGCCACUCCCACAACCGGAACAUCAGCAGCUGGACUUUGUGAAUCUGCAGGAUAUUCAACAACUACCACCACUUCCCCCUGUCAACAUGGGCCAGGCGACGAGUUCUGCUGCUGCCGCUGCUCAGCCAGAGCAGCCCGAUACUUGGACAUCGCAACAUGAUUCUGGCACUAUAAACCCUUCAGAUAUCAUGAUGGGUAGUCCGCAGGUUCAACAUUUCCCUCCACCUCAGUCUCAGUCCCACCCACAACCACAGCCACCACCACCACCACACCAACAACCAGCCCAAAUUCAACCACAGAACACGACCCCUAGAAUAAAACCUAGUCCUCUCUCUUCCGUCGCCAACUCUCCCGCGAUUAGCACUCGCUCCCCAAGUAUCACGAAAAGAUCACCAGCUAGCACCCACAAGCCCCGGCCUGUAGACAAUGUGCAUAUUAUGGUGGCAGUGGCCGAAGAAUGUUUCGAUAAGGCACGUGGUUCUGUCCAUGACGUAGCAAUGUCUUUAGACGGUGCACUGCUGGACGAGUACCAGAAGUUGAUAUCGACAGGCCUGGCAUGCUUGGAGGCAUGUCUACAAAGUAACCGGCUCUCUCCACGCCAGGAAGCUAAGAUGCGGUUAAGAUAUGCAACUGUGUUGUUGGAAGAAACAGAAAAUUCUAUGGAGGCCGAGACGGCCAUCACGAAGGGCAUUUCGCUCUGUGAGAAGAAUGGUUUGGCCGAUUUGAAAUAUUGUAUGCAUUAUAUCAGAUUGAAGCUCUUGUUUCAGCGAAAUCACAAAGCUGCCUUGAACGCAACCGACAGACAGAUCGCUGACUGUGAAACUUAUAAGCAUCCUCACUGGGUGUAUGCUUUCAGACUGUUAAAGACUUCGUUUUACAUGGAACUUGGUCAGACAGCUGAUGCCAGCGCCUUGGAGAAUAUUCGAUCCAUCCAAGUCACUGCCAAUUCUCGUGGCGACAAUGCCCUGAGCGUGUUUGCUUCCAUUCUUGAAGGUCUCACCCUGCUUAAGGCCUCAAAAGAUGGCAACCUUGAAAAGGUUCAAGCUUGCAUUGCCCAGGUCGCCAAGUUCCAGCACGAUGACUCUGUUGCCAUCAUGCAACUCGAUAUACUCACGUUGCUUCUGGACCUUGUCUCGAGCAUCAAUCAUGCAGGCUUGGAAUUGACGCUUCAGAAACUUAAACUGGUGCAGGAUCGCAUGGAUGCAUGUGGUGAUUGGCACAGCGUCAAGUCAGACUUUCUCAUCCCGGUCAAGAAACAGCCUUCUACAGGACAUACGAUUAGCAGCGAUACAGCGGGCAUUAUUCGUAGUGGAGAGGGUGCGCCAGUGGACUUUUUGGUUAUGUCGUUCAUGACCCGGAUGGAGCUGGCUUCACUUCUUUUUACUUUCACUGGCUUGGUAAAUAUGCACAAGUCAAGUGCACACGGCCGUCGGACAGCUGAAUUCUUGCAUGAAGGCGUCAGAGUUCUUGAGACAUGGGACAAAACAACCGCUGGAAUCAGAUACGGGCCUUCUAUCUCGCUACAAGAAGCCAUCGCACAACGCGAGUGGCGAUUAGAAGCACAGUCGUAUCUAACCAUCUUGCUUGGUCUAUACGCAGCCAGUCACUGUCAAUGGGACUCGGUCAAGCAGUUCAUGGAGAAGCUUCAAACUCCAUUAACAUCAUCUAUACAAGGUAUUCUGCGGCUACUCGCUGUUUAUCUAUCUGGUGUCUUCCAUCAAGGCACAGGCGACCUUCGAGCUGCCAUGGAGAUUUUCCAAAGCCCUUUAUUCGAUCUCAACCAACGCGGAACUGGCGUCAAGGCUGCACAUCGCGAGCUGGCUAUGCUGGCUGGUCUCAACAGACUUUGGAUCAUGCAGCAUCCCACACAACGGGAUGACCGGGAGACACUCGAUCUGAUCGAACAGCUGAACCCGCUGUGCGCCAAUCAUCACAACGCCGAUUUGCGAACAGCAUGGCACAACGUUUUGGCUGCUGUUGUUACAGAUCCUCCUCAGCAGCUAAACCAUCAGAAGCAGCAUAUACAAGCUGCCAUGGCCGGAUCCAGAACCACUAAUAAUGUUCUAGGCGCAGCUGUCACACUUGCCAUCAUGCGCAGCCGCUUAUUCGAGAAUGUCAUUGGCGAGCAAGCUCUUAAAAGCGCCAUGGCCGCAGCUAAGCAAGCGCAGCGCAGCGGUAACGUCCUAUGGCAGAGCGUCGCUGACGGCAUGCUUGCCCAAUCACAUGAGGUACAGGGCCAACACGACAAGGCUGCGCAUGCAUGGGACAAGGCGACGAGGGAAGCGCAAGAGGCAUUUGCAGGGCAUUCCUAA